GACUCGCUUUCCCCUGGUGCUCCGCGCGGCAGCGGCCUGCAGGCCUGCCUGACGGGCGACACAGAGGGGCGACCGCCGCCAGCUCCUGCCCUGCCAUGGGCUCCCUGCUCAGCCGCCGCAUCGCCGGCGUGGAGGACAUCGACAUCCAGGCCAACUCGGCCUACCGCUACCCGCCCAAGUCCGGCAACUACUUUGCCAGCCACUUUUUCAUGGGGGGCGAGAAGUUCGACAUGCCGCAUCCCGAGGGCUACCUGUUUGGGGAGAACAUGGACCUGAACUUUCUGGGCAACCGGCCCGUCCAGUUUCCUUACGUGACCCCCGCCCCUCAUGAACCAGUAAAGACCCUUCGGAGCCUGGUGAACAUCCGCAAAGACUCCCUGCGUCUGGUCAGGUACAAAGAAGAUGUUGACAGCCCCACAGAGGAGAACGGGAAGCAGAAGGCUUUAUAUAGCCUUGAAUUCACCUUUGAUGCAGAUGCCCGGGUGGCCAUCACCAUCUACUGCCAAGCAACGGAGGAGCUGAUUGGUGGCAUGGCUGUCUACAGCACAAAGAACCCUUCUCUGCAGUCGGAGACGGUGCACUACAAGCGAGGGGUGAGCCAGCAGUUCUCCCUGCCCUCCUUCAAGAUCGACUUCUCCGACUGGAAGGAUGAAGAGCUGAACUUUGAUCUGGACCGGGGCAUUUUUCCAGUGGUCAUCCAAGCCACGGUAGACGAAGGCGAUGUUGUUGUGGAAGUGACUGGCCAUGCCCACAUCCUCCUGGCUGCCUUCGAGAAGCACGUCGAUGGCAGUUUCUCUGUAAAGCCCUUGAAACAAAAGCAGAUUGUGGACCGGGUGAGUUACCUGCUCCAGGAGAUCUAUGGCAUCGAGAAUAAGAAUAACCAAGAGACCAAGCCCUGCGAUGAUGAAAACAGUGACAACAGCAACGAGUGUGUGGUGUGUCUUUCGGACCUGCGGGACACUCUCAUCCUGCCCUGCAGGCAUCUCUGUCUGUGCAACUCCUGCGCCGACACCCUUCGCUACCAGGCCAACAACUGUCCCAUCUGCCGUUUGCCCUUCCGUGCGCUGCUGCAGAUCCGGGCAGUGAGGAAGAAGCCAGGUGCCUUGUCGCCACUCUCCUUCAGUCCUGUCUUGGCCCAGAGCCUGGAUCGGGAGGAGCAUUCGUGCUCGGACAACAUCCCCCCGGGGUACGAGCCCAUUUCCCUGCUGGAAGCCCUGAACGGUCUGCGUUCUGUCUCGCCCUCCAUCCCCUCGGCUCCCCUCUAUGAUGAGAUCAGCUACUCCGGGGUGCUGGACGGGCUCCCUCCAUCUAGUAGGCCCCUCGUGGGGCUUGACCGAGGAGGUAUGGAGAGCAGCCACCAGAAGAACAAGCGCAGCAAAUCUCCAGACAGUGCCCUCCGGUCCCCCUCCUCACCGAUCCAUGAAGAAGACGAGGAGAAAUUCUCGGAAGACCUGGCCCUGGAGCCGCCUCUUGCUGGGAUGGGGCACAUCCUGGGUGAAGACAGCUCCCCUGAGAGCCUGGCAGCUGAAGAAGCCGAGGCGGCUGCCACUCUGCCACAAGGUAGCCAGCCUUCCUCCGGGAAGGAUCUUAUCCAGGAAAGCAGCAAAUCCUGCGAGGCCAAGGCCCUCCAGAAAAUGGAAAGUGAGCUGCCUGCUGAUGUCUACCUGCCAGGGUCUUCUGACUUCAUCAGUGCCCUCCCAAACCACGGGAGCAGCAAUUCCGGACAGCCGUUCCUCUUCCUUCAGCCUCACCUCCGUGUUGAAAGUGGGCCAAACCCGUCCUAAGUACCUGGCCCAAGAAUCAAACUCCAAGCACCGAGGCCGCAAGAAGCUGGCCCCCCUUUUCCUUCCCUCCCUCCUACUUUGAAGGGACACAGCUUCAGGAACAAAGCAAGAUGGACGUGUUUUUUUCCUUCUUUGGGCCGGUCUUGGGCCAGCACCCUGUCUCUUUUCUGGAUAUGUGUCUUUGUAUGGACGUGCAUGACCCCUUUGUGGCCGUGAUGGGAAAGACCCCUUCCCGGUCUGCUGCCAUGGGCCAUCCUCUCCCCAGGGGGGACCCUUUCCAAGCCUCUGCUCUCUCGCUUAGCCGUUCUUGGCCAUUUGGGGCCUCUGUGAGAGCAGCUGGGCUCAAGCAGCUCCCCACGUCCAGGCCUGUGAGUUAGAGGGCUGUUCUCUCCAUCUCCCUGCCAGAUGUAGCCCCUGCCACCUGCUGAUUGUAGCCACGGUUCUGGGACUUUCCCCUCCAGGCCGGCCCUCAUGACUUGUGCAAGAGGCCCCUUAUUCUGCUGCCAGCCACUUCCGCUGUCCUCCCCACCUCCCUGCAAGUCUCUUCUAGUGCCUGUCUUCUUUCCACACCUAGGUGGUGUGUUCCUAUAUUUAUAGUAAUAAACCUUUUGGUGUCA